UUGUUCUCAGGUGAGUCACAGUUUAAAUAACCGUGUAUGAACUGUUAAAGUGUGAAGUGUCUCUGGCCUGAAGAACGUGGCAGCACUUUGAGCUCACGUUCAGUGAUGGGCGGUUUGUGUUGGCUCAUGUUUUGGGAGUAGUUCGAUGCACAGAAACAUACGAAGUAACGUCAGUACAGAAAAGGAGAGCACUUCUGUGAAUGAUGAAUUAGCCGGUGGAACAGGUCGGGCUGCUCUGCAGACACACCUUAUUCCUCAGCUGAGCCACCUGAGGGGCGUUGCCGGCUGCGCUCUCACCUUAGAGCUGAACUUAAAGCACACCUGAGUGCACCCCAGAGACAGAAACACCACAGAGAUGGACAACCUCGCAGAGAUGGCCGGCCAAAAAGUGGGUAGCUUGGUGGAGGGGGCAGUGAAGGGAGCUCUGAAUUCAGCCAACAAGAACAAAGAUGAGAAGAAAGGAGGCGGCGGCAUCUUCUCGAUGUUUGGAGGCAACAAGAACAAAAACAAGGACAAAACAGAUGACAAACAGAAGAAAGACGAUAAAGGAGCACCCCUCCCAAAUGUGCCCAACAAAGAUGGUAGUGGGGGCAAGAAACCAGUACCUGAAGGGAAUCUAGCGGGAACUGCAGGAGGGAACGUGGGACCGACGAUAGGAGGAGGUGCAGGAGGGAACGUGGGACCGACGAUGGGAGGAGGUGCAGGAGGGAACGUGGGACCGACGAUGGGAGGAGGUGCAGGAGGGAACGUGGGACCGACGAUAGGAGGAGGUGCAGGAGGGAACGUGGGACCGACGAUGGGAGGAGGUGCAGGAGGGAACGUGGGACCGACGAUGGGAGGAGGUGCAGGAGGAAGUGGAGGAUCAGCUGGACCUGUAGCACAGGGAGGAGUCACAGCAGACAGAGAUCUGAUGGAUGAUCUGUUCGAGCUGGGAGAAGAAAUGAAAGGGAACUGAAGCAAAAGGAAGAAACCCCGACUUCCACCACAACCACUCAGAGAAGAUCCGGAAAGACGAGCGCACCCACAUUUUUCUCUGAUCUACAGUUUUGCACAGAACUAAAGAUUUUAAUGCAUUAUCAGCCUAUUAUUCAUCGUGUUUCAUUCAUCGUGUUUUCUGCUUUAAAACUCAGGCAGAUGAAGAGAUAACCAGUCAGUGUGUUUAACUUUAUCAUAAUAAUAGCACCAGCAAAGAUGUUAUGAACAAAUAAAUUUAAAUGUUUUACUGGAGGGGACUUUUCCUUUUUUUGGUCAGUUUGUCAGUAUUUUGUAUCAUAGAAGCUUCUCGUAACCUCCAUGGGGGAUUUUUUAAAUCAUAUAUUUUAUUUUAAUUUUAAGAAAAAUAAAAAUCUUACACAGAUAUUUCAAUAUAUGAUCACUGAAAAUCAAUAAAAGCAAUUUGAAAUAAAUACUGUCAUAACAGAAUUAAACAAAAAUUGAUGGCAAUUUAUGAAAAUGUGUUUUUCCAUUUGCUUCUGAUGUUUUUCCUUAUGUUGACAUAGACUUUGAUUCAUUAUAAACUAGAUCAUUUAAAUAACAUUUCAAACCUAAAUGUAAAAGUAGUCACAGAAAUAAGAGUAUCUCAGAUAUUAGAAUAAGACAAAGGCAUUAAAAUGCUUCGAUGAAACACUGGGAACAGCAGUGACGUCUGAACAACUGUCAGCUCUGCAGUCUUUGCCUCAAUGUUUUUAUACUGUUUAAAUCUUUAAAUGAGAGCUAAGCUAAAGCUGCUUGUUUCAGACAGAUUAGCUCAAUAUGAGAUUACUGGAUGAUGCAGGUCCAGGAUUAAAAGAACAAAGGAGACAAUGAAGAAAUGUGUUUCUUUGCAGAUGACUAGAUAUUGUGUGUCCAAAAAGGUUGAUUCUGUUCAUCUGGACGUUCUCAGUGGGAGAAACGUUUCGUCAUCAUCCAGGUGACUUCUUCAGUCUCAGCUGGCUGCAGGUUUCCCCAAUCUUAUAAA